UGGGGGCGGGUGCACGCCGGCACUGACUGCACGUUCACACAGUGCCCAUAUUUAUAGCAGAGCUCAGAGGAGACACAGGAGGAGAAAAGUGGGGGAAAAGGGCAAAAGUUUAUCAAGUCCUCAUAGCUGCUGUCCUCACCGCCUGGAUACCUGGAGUGUGCCCUGCUACCGGCUACCUCUUAAAAAAAACAAAUGCCAAGACUCGAGGAGCACUGCUGGAGUUGCUCUUGCACCAGAGGGAGAGACAAGAACGGCCCAAAGAUAAGCACUUGGCUGGCACUCAGAGUUGGAGAAGUCAUGUCCUCCCUAAACUCCCCCAUUGCUCUCGCCUGCAGCUCCUUAGCCAGCAGCGAAGGCCGCAGCCUCAUCCGGAGAAGUGUUGUCCUCUUUAGUGUUGGCGUUUUUCUUGCCUUGGUGCUCAAUCUUCUCCAAGUCCAAAGACAUGUGACACUAUUUCCUGAAGAGGUUAUUGCCACCAUAUUUUCCUCUGCGUGGUGGGUGCCUCCUUGCUGCGGCACUGCAGCUGCCGUUGUUGGCCUUCUUUAUCCUUGCAUCGACAGCCAUCUUGGAGAACCACACAAGUUCAAGAGAGAAUGGGCUAGCGUCAUGAGAUGUAUAGCAGUGUUUGUCGGCAUUAAUCACGCUAGUGCAAAAUUGGAUUUUGCAAAUAAUAUUCAGCUCUCACUAACACUAGCAGCCUUGUCGCUGGGCCUUUGGUGGACCUUUGACCGGUCACGAAGUGGUCUUGGACUAGGAAUCACAAUAGCCUUUCUUGCAACACUCAUAACGCAGUUUCUUGUAUACAACGGAGUGUACCAGUAUACAUCCCCAGACUUCCUGUACAUUCGUUCCUGGCUGCCUUGCAUAUUCUUCUCUGGAGGAGUGACUGUUGGAAAUAUAGGACGACAACUAGCAAUGGGCCCCUCAGAAAAAGCACAUGACGACUAGAUGUGUCCAAGCAAUGGCUAUAUUGUGGAAGAUUCAUGCUGAUGUUGGAAAAGCUUGCACUCUGUUACUGAGUAACAACCCGCAAACUUUCCACGCACAAACACGUUAAAAUGUGAAGCCUAUUUCUUCAUCAUUUGAUUACUACAUUUUAUGGUAUGCAGGACUUUAUUAUUGCUCCAUGAAUUCCUACACUAGACCAGGACUUUGCUGGUGGAGUCAGAAUAAGAAGGAAAAAAAAUAUUCAUUCAGUCACGCAUCUGCUCUUCCAUGAUUGAUGCAAGUUUUGUUAAUCUGACACUAUAGAUGUAGAUUUUCAAAGUAUUCUUUUGCAUGGUGUAAUAAGCUGUUUGCCAGCUUCAAGUACCAGUAUUAUGAUUUAAUUCUAAGAGGAUGAAAGAGGACAUGCCUAUUACAAAGCAUUGCAACAACCAUAUCCCAUUGAAGCCUCACAGGUGCAAGGUGCCUAAAUGGGAGAAGAAGAUGAAGUGUAACUAAGUAGGAGUGUAUUAUUUAUCUAAAUGGUAAAUAAGGCUGUGGGCAAAAAAGGGUGGAGAUGCAUUUAAUGCCAGCUAGCCUAAAGGCCCAGCUCAACAAGGCCAAGAAUAGGUAAAAC